AUGUUAUCGAAUUUUAUUGAAUCACUUUUUUAUCCUUCAGAAUUGAUUGCUCUUGUAAGGUAUCAACUUUCCAGACAAUCAAAUAUAGUAGAUAUUUCUACUUGGAAUCCAAAACUUCGUGAUCUUGUAAGUUCCAAAGACCAUCACUGGAAACUUAAGCAAAAAUAUUUAUAUUUUAAACCUUCAUUGCAGGUCUGUAUAUUUUAUUUAUGUUUACGUGGAAUGGAUACGAUAGAAGAUGACAUGACUUUACCUAUUGAACAAAAAACACCGUUGUUGAGAUCUUUUUAUAAGAAGAUCAGUGAGAAAGGUUGGACAUAUACUGAAAAAUUUGAUGUUGUUAUCGAAGAAUUCUUGCUUCUUCCGCAAGAGUGCCAGGUAAUCAUUACAGAUAUUACUAAACAAAUGGGUAAUGGUAUGGCAGACUUUGUAUCAAUUUCAGCUCGUAAUAAAUAUAGCAUAAUCACAUUAAAAGACUUUGAUAAGUACUGUUAUUAUGUUGCUGGACUCGUUGGAAUUGGUAUAAGCGAUCUGUUUAAUUCUGUUGGCGCAACAGUUCCUGAUACAACAAAAAAUUUUGAUACGUGA